AUGUCUCUUACGAACGCUCUUCCUGUAGAUGCUGCUUCGGCAGCAAAGUCUGCUUCACAUAUAUUGGCAACGCUUCCUGCGUCUUCCCGGGAUAAUGCUUUGACUGCAAUUCAUAAGGCUCUGUCUGAGUCUAAGGAUGAGAUAUUAGCAGCCAAUGCUCGCGAUCUUGUCCAGGCAAGGAAGGCCGCUGAGAAUGGAGAGCUAAGUUCCAGCAUCGUCUCACGGCUGGAUCUCGGCAAGAAAGGAAAAUGGGAGGAUAUGUUGAAAGGGAUCCUAGAUGUUCGUGACCUGGAAGAUCCAGUGGGCAAAGUUACUCUACGUACAAGACUUGAUGACGGGCUUGAUUUAGAACGAGUCUCUUGUCCGAUUGGAGUUCUCUUGAUCAUUUUCGAAGCUCGCCCAGAAGUCAUUGCAAAUAUUGCUUCUCUUGCCAUCAAGUCUGGCAAUGCAGCCAUCCUGAAGGGUGGAAAGGAGUCUACUGAGUCCUUCGUGGCAAUUUCCAAAGUUAUUUCAGAAGCUUUGGAAGCAACGGAUGUCCCGAACUCAGCAAUUCAACUCGUCACCACACGAGACGUCAUUCCCCAACUUUUAGCACUUGAUCAAUACAUUGAUCUUGUCAUCCCAAGAGGUUCAAAUGAGCUCGUUAGAUUCGUUAAGUCUUCCACGAAGAUUCCAGUUCUUGGUCACGCGGAUGGUCUCUGCUCGAUAUACCUCGAGCACACAGCCGAUCCAGACAUGGCAGUUAAGGUCGUGGUUGACUCCAAGACCUCAUACCCUGCAGCUUGCAACAGUGUCGAGACGCUUCUGGUUGAGCAAGCCGCUCUAGAGACCGUCCUUCCACCAGUAGCAGAAGCUCUCCUUGAGAAAGGGGUCUCACUCCGCUGUGAUGCAGCAAGCAAGAAAGCGCUCACGUCCAAGCUCGACGCACACUCAGCGGCUACCCUUCAGGAUGCAGCGGACAGCGAUUAUGAUACCGAGCACCUGUCUCUAGUGCUAGCCAUCAAGACCGUGGCCAACAUCUCCGAGGCCAUCUCACAUAUCAAUGUCCACGGUUCGCACCACACGGACGCGAUCCUGACCUCCUCGGCUCCUCUCGCCGAGCAAUUCAUGGCCAGCGUAGACUCGGCCGGGGUUUUCUGGAACACGUCGACCCGGAUGGCGGACGGCAUGCGCUACGGCUUCGGCACCGAAGUCGGUAUCAGCACGAACAAGAUCCAUGCGCGCGGUCCCGUAGGCUUGGAAGGCCUGAUGAUCUACAAGUACAAGAUCCGUGGCGGCGGGCACAUCACGGCUCACUAUGGGGAAGGGGAGGGCCAGAAACGGUUCAAGCAUGAAAGAUUAGCGCUAUAA